CUCGGGCCUCCUCUUGAUGGGUAGCGGCGUAGAGCCUUCUUGCGUCUCCUUCGGAUUCUGGCUCGCGCCUCUUCCGGGUGAUGGGGGAGUCAGGAAGGCCGGUUGCGUCUGGGCCCCAGCUGGAUGAGAGAUUAUCAUCAGAUACUGCUGAAAAUGGGUUGAAGCCAAGUGAAGAACCACUCCUCAGGAAGAGUUCUCGCCGAUUUGUCAUUUUUCCAAUUCAGUAUCCUGACAUCUGGAAAAUGUACAAACAGGCCCAGGCAUCCUUCUGGACCGCUGAAGAGGUUGACUUAUCAAAGGAUCUUCCUCACUGGAACAAACUGAAAUCAGAUGAGAAGUAUUUCAUCUCUCACAUCUUGGCUUUUUUUGCAGCCAGUGAUGGAAUAGUCAAUGAGAAUUUGGUGGAACGCUUUAGUCAGGAGGUGCAGGUCCCAGAGGCGCGCUGUUUCUAUGGCUUUCAAAUUCUUAUUGAGAACAUUCAUUCAGAGAUGUAUAGUUUGCUAAUAGAUACCUAUAUCAAAGACCCCCAAAAGAGGGAGUUCUUAUUCAAUGCAGUUGAAACAAUGCCAUGUGUUAAGAGGAAAGCAGAUUGGGCCUUGAAAUGGAUAGCAGACAGAAAAUCCACAUUUGGAGAAAGAGUGGUUGCAUUUGCUGCUGUGGAAGGGAUUUUCUUCUCGGGCUCUUUUGCUGCUAUAUUCUGGCUUAAGAAGAGAGGUCUUAUGCCUGGACUCACUUUCUCCAAUGAACUCAUCAGCAGAGAUGAGGGUCUUCAUUGUGACUUUGCUUGUUUAAUGUUUCAUUACUUAGUGAAUAAGCCUUCAGAAGAAAGGGUCAAAGAGAUCAUCAUCAAUGCUGUUGAAAUAGAACAGGAGUUUUUAACUGACGCCUUACCAGUUGGUUUAAUUGGCAUUAAUUGCACUUUGAUGAAACAGUAUAUUGAGUUCGUAGCAGACAGAUUGCUUGUGGAGCUUGGGUUCUCAAAGGUUUUUCAGUCAGAUAAUCCCUUUGAUUUCAUGGAAAAUAUUUCUCUGGAAGGGAAAACAAAUUUUUUUGAAAAAAGGGUCUCAGAAUACCAGCGUUUUGCAGUUAUGGCAGAAACAACAGACAAUGUCUUCACCUUGGAUGCAGAUUUUUAAUCCAAUUUUCUAGAUGCUCCUCCUUUUUGGUGGUAGCAGCAAAGCAAAGGAAGCAGAGAUCCAGCAAGCAGCGGGACAGAGGAUAUAUCAUCUUUUGUUUCUUCUCAUGAGUACUUUUUAAAAGUGCCUGGGAAAAGCAGGCUGCAUUUUGUCAGUUUCCUAGUUUACAGUCUUCAGAAUUUGUUUUCAGGCAAAUUCUUGGUUUCUUGGUUUCUUGAUGGUCGUCUGUAAAGCUUAUUUGUACUAGAUUGGGGAAAUUAUUUAGCUAUUGUAGAAGGUAGAGUUCGUUCAUAGCUAUAUUGAAAUGUUGAAAACAGUAAUUUUAUCAAAUGAAAAACUUUCUACAUCAGAUUUUUUUUCCUUGUUCAAUUUGUAGAGAUUGUUCUUUGUAUUUAUGGGACAGUUGCAUCAUUUUAUAUCAAGUCUGUUGAGGUCUGACUUUGUUUUGUCUUGUUCCAUCACUAAACUUAGGCAACAUAUACUUUUAGAAUAAUAUCUGUACUUUCUGGAGCAAAAAUUUCAAGGGCAUAUGUCUCUAGAAUGAGAUGUAAUUUUAACUAGAAAUAGCUUGCAUGAUUUCAGAAUGAAGGAAGGGAAAGUUCUAAGUCCUUUGUAUUAAAUUCAGAUCCUUCUGUUAUAUUUGUAAAUGCCUUAAUGUCAACCAUAUUUUUUAUAGCAGCAAUAAACUACCAGUAAGAGGGCAGAGAAAUCUCAUACUGAUUUUUAAUAUAUUGGCUUACAAUAAGAAGCAUUCUACACUCCCUCUUCAGUGCUCCACUUUGCAUGUGUGUUUUAUUAUGUUCAUGACAUUUUAUUCUCAGUUCUUAAGGAACUUAAAAAAAAACAAUUUAUUUUGUAAUUUACAACUUACUCUGUUAUAGCCUAAGUAUUUAAAUUAUGGUCAUGAUUAAAACACAUUUUAUUAUUUGGUCCUAUAAAAUCUAGAAUUAUGGGACUGGGAGUUCUGCUUCCAGGAAAGUAGGAUUUUGUUAUGUUUAUAAGAUAUAAAGAAUUGAAAAUAACUAUUCCUACAAUGUAGGAACCAAUCCAGUCAUGACCUAAUGUUAUGAGGUUUUUGCUAUUCUCAUUUAAUAAUGUCUAAUUCUUGAUUGUUUUGCCACCCCUUCCACCUCUAUUAGGAGAAAAAUGAUUGCUAAGAAAACAGCAGUUUGCACACUGAAAAAAAUUAGUAAUCAGAAUUUAGUGUUUUGUAGUAUUGAUAACAUUACAGUGAUGGCAUUUUGAAAUUUCAGUUGUAUAGUUUCAGGCUAAAUGUCAAUCAUUAAUUUUUUUAAAAUGCUGGUGACUCAGAAAACUGUUAAUGGGAAAUACAAAUUGCUUCCACAUGGUCAUCAGUUUUCAUUGAAGCCAAAAUAUCAGUACAGCUGCUAUGCCAUAGGUGUUUUAACUAAGGAGAGUAGAUCGGUGCCUGACUCAAGAACUCACGCCAAAGCUGGCUGCCUUUCUUAUAGGGUCAUCCAGGGCCAGCUGGUAGUGGCUUCCAAACAGGAACAUGUAUAACUUGUUCUUGUAAUCCUUUUAAAUAAUUAUCUCCCAAUUAGGGGUAUGUAGAUUGCCUAUAGAUUUGAAGGAAGAAAGGGUAGGAUUAUUGAAAUCCUUAUUGUACUUGCUCUAAGAAAAUAGGGUAUCAGCUUUAGUCGUAUUGGUUUAAUCCCUUUCAAAGAAAAAUAUAGAUUCAGAUGCUGUGAAAUAUUGGUAGCCUAAAGCUCUGUUUUAAUAAUAUCUGAGUUGUCCAACAUUUCACAGUAUUUAGAAGGUACUCCCUGUGUACAGAGAAUAUGCUAUUAGGCAUUGUAUACCUAAACCCCAUGUUUUAUUUUGUCUUUAUAUAAAGUAUUUUGUAUUCAAUCAGUCAACUAUUUAUGUCCAUAAUUAAAGUUUUCCAAAGAACA